AUGGAUAGUGUUUAUGAUCGGGCGCUGCAUGAAAUUGGAGAUGAGGGGAGAUAUCAAAAGAAAUUCGAUAUAAAAUACAAUAUUUUAUUAAUUUUCUUGUGGAGUAUGGUUUAUAUGAAUUUAAUAGUUUCUUUGGCCAUAACUCCGUAUACGUGCAAAGUACCCGACAAAUCAAAUGAUAGUGUCAGUGAAUUUGACUGGAAAGCAAGAUAUAUUCCGCACCGUACAGAAAAUGGAAAAGUUUCAUUCGAAAGUUGCGUUUUAUAUAAAAACCCGGAUUUAAACAAUGAAACUACAGAAUGUAAUUCGUAUACUUACGACACCACUUGGUACGGAUCCACUAUUCCCUCCGAAAAGAACUGGGUUUGCGAUAAAGAAAUAAAUAUUGCAAAUAUCUUCGCCUAUAGCAAAAUCGGUGAAGCUUUCGGGUCUAUAUUUUUCGGAUGGUUCGGCGACGUCUACGGACGUCGAGCCACUUAUGUACUCUCCUUAACAAUGAUAGUCUUGGGAAGAAUAAUUUCUCUAUUAGCCGGCACAUCGUUUGUGGUUUUCGUGACCGGUUGUGUUGUUGCUACUGUACCAUCGUGGUCCGUUCCACAGACAGUGUCUGUUAUAUCGAUGGAAAUGUCAUCACCAGCGCGAAGAUCGAUUACCACGUCUCUCCGAUAUACAGCUUUUAGUAUUGGAUUGGCGACUAUGCCCUUCAUUUACUGGUGGCUACGAGAUUGGAGAAUAUUCGUUAUCGCCACCACAGCUCCCCUGUUGCCGUGCAUUUUACUUUCUUGGAAAAUACCAGAAUCACCAAGAUGGCUGUACGUGGAGGGAAAGUCAAAACGCUGCGUAAAAUUAUUAAAGAAAAUCGCUGAAGUUAACAAUUGUAAAUUGAGGGUAGAAACGGAGAAAGAGCUGCUAUCUAUGAAAGUCGAAAAGUCCUCGAGCGGAUUUGGGCCUUUAGCUUUAUUUUCCGGCAGAAGACUAGCGUUGAAUACAAUUUUAUUGCUUUUAUUAUGGGUAUUCGUGUCAAUAUGCUACUCAGUUUUAAUUUUGAGUACGGGUGAAAAGACAGAUUCGAACCCCUUUAUCCAGUUCUCCAUUCAAGCAAUCGCUGAGAUACCCUCGAACUUCAUUGGUGCAUGGCUGUGCAAUAAUAUUGGUCGUCGGCGCUCAGCAGCGUCUUCCUUUUUUAUCAUUGCAACUAUCUGGACCAUUAUUGCGCUACGAGAAAUGACUACCAUCUCCUGGAUUCGAGCGUGGUGGAUAAGCAGUGUGUUAAUAACUGUUGGAAGGCUUACUAUAUCGGUAUCGUUCUUUGCGAUCAAUUUACUCAAUAUGGAGAUAUACCCGACGUGUUUGAGACAGUCGGGAUUAGCUUUGGGGAACGUCUUAUCUAGUGUGGCGGCUGCAACAGCGCCUUACAUUUUAUACUUAGGUCGUCGAGUGGAUCCACGUUUACCUGGCGUUAUCUUAGCUGGUUCUUGUUUAUUAAGUGUAGUGAUUUCUAUGUUUCUACCGGAAACAUUAAAUGCAAAAUUGCCCGAAACGAUAGAAGAGGCAAAAACAUUUGGGAGCAAACAGAGCGAUUACUCUACAGUUACGUCAAGUAAAAAAUCAACAAUGGAUGAUUAUACCUGA